UGGGGGGUUAAUCGCCAAGCACUUUAUGCAGAGCGCUGUUUUGCGUGGCGCUCAUUCAGUGCGCAGCAGCGGUGACGGAGAGCGUCAAAGUGGACUUUUUUUCCCACCAACACAUCUGUGGUGGUGGUGGUGGUGGGGUCUCACUUUGAAGACCGCGAGGUGGAAAGAUGAUCGAACAAAGGAUUUAGCUCGGACCUAUCAGGAGAACAUCCAUCUGGGAAGAGUGGAGGGGGUGUUCAUUCCAUGUCAUUGGGGCUGCUGCGACCACCGCCGGUUCCGAGAGCGAGGUAGCCGGAACCGUCUGGGCCGGCGGCGCUCAUGUGGAUUCAGAGAGCCGAAGCCAACGAGUCGGCUCUUUUUUAAAAUGUGACAUUUUUACUACCGAGUCUCGUCGACGCUGACAGCUGCGCGUGCAAGCCUCGACACCUUCUCGGUCGGAUCUUCUGCAUCGAUUACAAAGGAGAUGACGUUUCCCCUGAUCCUGUUCCUGCUGCUGCUGGCCCGUGGGACCACAGGCCAAGACUCCGAGGAAUCCGAGGCUCUCCCGACAGGCUGCGGUUGGGGCCUGGGGCGACCCUACACCCUCCUCUGUGACCUGGACUCUAUAUGGGGCGUGGCCGUGGAGUCGGUGGCGGCCGGCGGUACGCUGGUGGCCAUUUUGCUGGCGCUGGUGCUGCUGUGUCGCUUACGUCACGUGAGCGAGGGCGAGAAACGCAGCGGCGUGGGCCCCAUCCUGUUGCUGCUCCUGGGCGUGGUGGGCUUGUUCGGGUUGAGCUUCGCUUACCUGAUCGAGCAGGAUGAGGCGCUGUGUCUGCUCCGGAGGGCCCUGUGGGGCCUCCUAUUCGCUCUUUGCUUCUCCUGCUUGCUGGUGCAGGGGGUGCGUCUUCGCAGAAUGGGUCGGGAGCGGCGUAGCCCGGGAGGAUGCGCCCUUUCGGGCCUGGCGUUGGGUCUGAGUGCCGUGCAGGGCAUCAUCGCCACGGAGUGGCUCCUUCUGACCGUGCUGAGGGAGGGCCGGGCCGCCUGUCAGUACCUCCCCAUGGACUUCUCGCUGGCUUGCAGCUAUGUGCUCGCCCUCCUGUUAGCCGCCUUGACUGCCGCCGCUCUGGCUCUGUGCGGGAAGACGCGGCAGUGGCGCUGCAGUGCCGUCUGGCUGCUGGUGACCUGUCUGCUGUCGCUGCUGCUGUGGGUGGCCUGGGUGGGCUUCUAUCUCUAUGGCAACGCCUGGCUGGGAAAGUCCCCGGAAUGGAACGAUCCGGCGCUGGCCAUCGCUUUAGUGGCCCAGGGUUGGCUCCUGCUCAUCUUCCACGCCAUCCCCGAAUCGCACAUCUGCCUCAAGCCUCCGCCGCAGCCCACCGCACCGGACUACUUUGACACGUCGCAGAACUCCACACGGAUGCGAGAGACCAGCUUCGAUGAAGACAUCCCGCUUUCUCACAGGCAGUUUGUGGAGAACCAGGGCUACGGAUACAACGACGAAAACACUGCAGGAUUAAGGAGCGGCAGCAGCGCCGGGCAGCACAACAGCAACGCGGGCGCCAGGCCCAGCGCUCCCUUCCGUAGCAACGUCUACCAGCCCACUGAAAUGACCAUGAUCCUGAACGGGGGAGCGGUGAGUACAUCCUCCCAAUCGCAGGUUCCCUCUGCCCCUCCCACCUACACCGGGAGGCAGCUGUGGUGAAGCGGGGAGGUCCAAACUGAGGAGGGGGUGAAAGUUGAGGAGGAUGCAAAGAUGGAUGCCACUUUCACUCUGUACAGACUUCAACACUGACUUGUGUGUGUGCCAAUCCAAUAUUGUUUAUGUGCGUCCACGUGGGAGAGAAAGGAGGUCAUGGAUGACAGAGAUAGAAAAAAAAAAGUCGUCUUUGGGUGUAAUUUGCUCUUAAACUGUGAAAAAGAUUUUUUUUUGUAGCUCUGUCAUCCAUCCUUCCAAAGUCCAUGUGGGAUGUGUGUCUCAAAAAAAAAACAACAAAAAGAGAGUGUUAAGUGUGUAUUCCCAACAACAACCCCUCCCUCGCCACUCUCCCAGACCCCCAAACGGCUUCAUCUGCUCUCCCACCGUCUCACAUUUGCACGGACACACAAAGUGACAGCACCUGCACACGAGGAUGGGGAGCUCCUGCGGCGAGAUGAUGAUGACUGGCGGGUUGGUUUUCACCGGAAGCCAAGAUGACGACGUCCGGUGCGGAGGAAUACUAAGAGGAAAAGAUGCAAGACAGACUAUAUUUAGAAGUGUGUGGAGAUAUCCGAGAGCCUGACGGAGAUGGCAUUUGCAGUGUGAGGUUGGAAGAAGAGGAGGAGGAAGAGGAGCAGGGGCGGCCAUGUUGUGCUCAUCUUUAUUUAGUUAGUGGACGCUUCCUCCUCCUCCAUUUCACGCCCUUCAUCCUGUCACCAGCUUUCAUGGAAGAAGCUGUGUACAUCCUGUAGUAGUGAUGUAAAAAAAUAAUAUUAAUCAGAAUAAUAAGCCCUGCUUGCUUGUUUACCUUUUUUAAAUGAACAAAUUAACCGUUUGGACACGUCGUAUGAUGUGACUUUUUUUAACUGCUUAAUUUGCAUUUGCGUGCUCUUUUUUUAAAACUUUUUUUUAAAGUAUUUUUUGUUGUUUUUUUCUGCAUAAGAGAAAAAAAGGCUGUGAAUACUUUUUGGCAGUAAAAAAAGACUGUUACGUACUGUUGUAGUUGUGGAAGAGUGACUAGCAAAAGCAGAACAGGGCGGGCAGAAUCAAUGAACUUAAAGGCCACCAGGCAGUCACAGUGGAGCCUUCACAGCAACACGUGACUAAGACAGGCCGCCGCGUGCUACACUGUGUUUACGUCUCUUCUAAAAUAGGAGCACAGCACAACAGCUCAGUGCCAUGCCCAAAGACAGCCUUGCUCCGUUUGGACCAACGCUGGCUGCUGGAACAGGGGUGGGUUCAUACAUAAACAUAUGGACUCCAGGAACAGAAAACAUGGGCCCCGACCAGACCAAGACUACAGGAAGAGGACGUAGAAUGGGCUAUAGGACCUACAGGCACACGGGUCAACAUGGGUAGGGGAGGAACAUGGGUAACAGGAACAAUAAUUGGUACCGCAGGCUACAGGAAUAGGGUUUAAUAUGGGCCAAGCUCAGUCACAGGAAAGGGGAAUUCCAGCAAGAAGGGCGAACAGGAACCAGGGUUACCACGAGGAACAGGAAGAAGUUACAGGGACGAGGUUUAGCGUCGGCCACAGAGGUAAUACUCUAUAUUUACACUGGCCACAGGAACAAGGCUAUGCGAAAGGAACAAGUUACGAUCAGCCACAGAAACAGGGUUUUACAUAAGACUUCAGGGACAAGGUUUAAUAACGCGUGCUACAGGAACAAGGGUUAGUUUCAGCUAUGGGAACAAAGGUUGAUAACACAAGUUAACAGGCCAGAUGAAUAGGUGCGCAUGCACAACAGCAAGAAGGGUUAAGGACCAGCUGCUAGAACAUGGUUUAAGAUCAGACACAAGAACAAGUGUGGAGCAUCAGCUAUGGAAAUGAGAGUUGAGAAACAGCUACAAAAACAAAGGUGAAGCAACUCGAUCAGCUCGAGCAACAGGGUUUCAGGAUCAGCCAGAGCAACAAGGUCUGAGUAUCAGCCAGAGCAACAGGGUUUCAGGAUCAGCCAGAGCAACAAAGUUUAAGCAUCAGCCAGAGGAACAAAGUUUAAGCAUCAGCCAGAGGAACAGGGUUUAAGGAUCAGCCAGAGGAACAGGGUUUAAGGAUCAGCCAGAGCAACAAAGUUUAAGGAUCAGCCAGAGCAACAAAGUUUAAGGAUCAGCCAGAGCAACAAAGUUUAAGCAUCAGCCAGAGGAACAGGGUUUAAGGAUCAGCUACAGGAACGAGCAGCAAGAGCAACAAGGGUUUAAGGAUCAGCCAGAGGAACAGGGUUUAAGGAUCAGCCAGAGCAACAAAGUUUAAGGAUCAGCCAGAGCAACAAAGUUUAAGGAUCAGCCAGAGCAACAAAGUUUAAGCAUCAUCCAGUGGAACAAAGUUUAAGCAUCAGCCAGAUCAACAAAGUUUAACCAUCAGCCAGAGGAACAAAGUUUAAGGAUCAGCCAGUGGAACAAAGUUUAAGGAUCAGCCAGAGCAACAAAGUUUAAGCAUCAGCCAGAGGAACAGGGUUUAAGGAUCAGCUACAGGAACAAGCAACAAGAGCAACAAGGGUUUAAGGAUCAGCCAGAGGAACAAACAGCUAGAGCAUCAAGGGUUUAAGGAUCAGCUAGAGCAACAAGGGUUAAUGAUCAGCCAGAGGAACCAGGGUCAGCUGGGGGAACAAGAGUUAAAGAUCGACGACAACAACACAAGUUAAGCAUCAGCUACAGGCACAAGGGUCAUGGGUCAGCUAGACCAACAACGGUUAAGGAUCAGCAAGAGGAACAAGGGUUAAAGAUCAGCUAUAGGAACAAGGGUUAGCAUGUCCUCCAGGAACAAUAGUUAGAGGUGAAAACAUGAACAAGGAUGGUCAUGGUUUUUGGAUUUGUACCAUCACCGAGGGAGGGGGGAAACGCUCCAGAAAAGAGAGAGAACAAAGAGUGAAGGAGUUUUCAACACUUGUGGUGUUUUCACUUGUGUGAAGUAUUAAAAAGAAGAAGAUGUGACUUUGUAGAUUUUGCACUGGUGACUACCUACAGUAUGUGUGCAUGCUCUGCACCAUUCCUUCCCUCUCACUACUACUUACUGUAUGUGGAGGUCAUGUGACAGCUAUCAUCAACAUCUGUGCUUUCUUUUCACGCUCUUAAAGAAGCCGGUUCUUGCAAGAUGAUGAUCAUUUGAGAAGGGACAUAUUUGAGCGGGGGACUGUUCCAUCUGUGUUAUCUAUGUGGUGAAAUUUGCACAACGUUUCUGUGUUAAGGUCGGGGUGUCAAUAUCAUGUAGCCCCCCACCCCCACCCUGUCCUCUCCUGGUGUGUCGCCUUCAGAUCGUUCCCUGAGAACGGCUGACAGGCUGGUGUUGGUUUUCACAGCUGUGACUGUGCAGUGACGCGGCAUGCCUACGUUCAACUUCAUUAACACCCCCCGUCCCCCCAUCCCCCACACACUAGUCAAGGAUGAUCAUUGAAAAACAAACACUUCAUAACUCUUUCUGUAACUAAUUCAGGAAAACACGUUCAAUAAAAGUGUAAUGUUUAGUUA